AUGUGUGGCUGUGGUUCAAUCACAGGUGCUGACCUGGCCAAAGAAGUGGAUACGAAGACGAUGAAGGCUUGGAAUGGCCACCCAUACCUACAUGUGGUGGACAAUCGCACCAACUUUAAAGAUAAGGUCAACAGAGUAGUACAGCUCAUCUGCAAACGCUACGGCUUGGACUACGACAACUCACUCAGUGCGCGUAGUGUCAAGCGCAAGUUUUUGGUCUCCGCUGCCGAUUGGGCGGACCAAAUUCCGAUUUCACAUGAAACCUUUGAAGUGCUUCACGAGUUCAUACAGACCACAGAUGGCUCACAAGUGCGCCUUAGGCGGAGGGGGAUUGAUGGUA